AUGAGGAAUCUCUCAGUGGUGACUCAGUUUAUCCUGAUGGGCAUCCCACACACAGAGGGUCUGGAGACCAUGCUCUUUGUUCUGUUUUUUUCUUUCUACAUCUUUGCUCUGGUGGGGAACCCACUCAUACUUCUUGCAAUUGUCUCCUCCACUCAGCUUCACACCCCCAUGUACUUCUUCCUGUGUCAGCUGUCCGCGUGUGACAUAUUUUUCCCUUCAGUGACUUCUCCCAAGAUGCUGUACUACCUCUCUGGAAAUAGCCGGGCCAUCUCCUAUGCAGGUUGUGUGUGCCAGCUCUUCUUCUACCAUUUCCUGGGUUGUACUGAAGGUUUUCUGUACACAGUGAUGGCCUAUGACCGCUUUGUGGCCAUAUGCUACCCUCUAUGGUACCAAAUAAUCAUGAACCACAGAGUGUGUGCCAUCCUUGCUUUGGGGACAUUAUUUUCUGCCUGCAUUCAGGCUACGUUUUUAACCACUGUCACCUUCCAGUUGCCCUACUGUGGUCCCAAUGAGGUGGCCUAUUCUUUCUGUGAUAUGCUUGUGUUGCUGAAGCUGGCUUGUUCAGACACAUCUGCCCAGGAGAUGGUGGGGUUCAUCAGUGUAGGUCUCAUGCCUCUCAGCUGCUUCUUCCUCAUCCUCACCUCCUACAGCUGUAUUGUCUAUUCCAUCCUGAAAAUCCGCUCUGCUGAAGGCAGACACAAAGCCUUCUCCACCUGCAGUGCCCACCUCACUGCCAUACUGCUUUACUUUAUGCCUGUGGUCCUCAUAUACCUAAGGCCAACCACGAGCCCUUGUUUAGACGCAGCCAUUCAAGUCUUUAACAACUUGGUUAUCCCCAUGCUGAAUCCUUUGAUCUAUAGCUUGAGGAAUAAGGAAGUAAAAAGUUCUCUGAAGAAAAUACUACAGAAAGUAGCCUCCUUACUUGAGAAAUGCUAG